AACCCAAAUUCAAAAUUUUUAAAAAAAUAAAUAAAUAUGGAGAAGAGCCACAAAAUUAAAAAUAAAUACUAACAAAGAGAAGUUUUAAAAAAAAUAAAUAAAAAAAAAUGCAAAAAUAACAGCGUAAAGUGUUGCAUGUAUUGUAAUUUGUAUGCCCGUCACGCACCUACGCUUUGUCUCUCUCUGUCUCUGUGUGUGUCGCCAUUGAAGCAUUCAAUUUUGACGGCAAAUCUGAAUCACAAAACCCUAAUCCCAUGUGAUGUGAUUCAUUUCUGGGUUAAGAAAAAAGUCGAAAUUUGAAUUGGGAUUUUAAUACUUCUAAUCGGCCAUGAAUUUGAUUCUAAUUUAGACAACCACUGGGUUUUCUUCUUUUUUCUUUUUUCUUUUUUUGGGGGGGGUGGGGGGUGGUUCAUUUUGGCUUUUCCGGCGGUGUCUGCGAACAAAGAAGUUAGAGAGAGAGAGAGAGAGAGAGAGAGAGAGAGAAAUGCCGAGCGUAGCUGUGAAGCUCUAUAGCGUGUUCUUCAAGUUCCUUUUGAAGCACCGUUUGCAAAAUCGGAUCCAAACCCAGCCCGACGAAUCCAACCCGUUUGGAGUUACGUCUCGGCCCGAGGAAACCAUCGCCGCCGCGAACCCUCUUUUCGAGGACGGCGUUGCCACUAAGGAUAUCCACAUCGAUCCGUUUACAUCCUUAUCCAUUCGGAUAUUUCUUCCCGAGUCCGCACUCAACCCGCCCGACUCCGAUUCCAAGUCCUCCUCUCAGAGGUCUAGGGUUAGGGAUACCUAUAAAAGAUCCGAUCUUGAUCAAACCAAUUCGGCCAGCCAGAGUCAUGGUGGUGGUCAUCCGCCGCCGCAUUUGCCUUCUCGGCGCAAUAGCUAUGGCAAUUCUGGAGUUCCCGCAUUGGGGGAUUCCAAAACGGAGCUUCGGAGGAACAGCUAUGGCUGUAGCAAUGACGUCGAGAGUUUGAAUUUGAUGUCGACCGCCGCCGGCGGCGGCGGUGGUGGUGGGGUGUACAGAGGGUACUCGCCGUCGAAUGAGAUUUGUCGAAAAUUGCCGGUGAUUUUGCAGUUUCACGGUGGGGGUUGGGUCAGUGGGAGCAAUGACUCGGUGGCCAACGAUUUCUUUUGCCGGCGGAUCGCCAAACUGUGCGACGUCAUUGUAUUGGCAAUCGGGUACAGGCUUGCACCGGAAAAUCGGUACCCGGCGGCGUUCGACGACGGGUUGAAGGUGUUGAAUUGGCUGGGAAAGCAGGCGAAUUUGGCUGAAUGUAGCAAGUCGAUGGGGAUUGUACGAAGCAGUGGUGGUGGUGCUGGUGGUGGUACGGAGUUCAAGAAGGCAGAUGCUCAUCGGCGUAUUGUUGACACAUUUGGAGCGUCUAUGGUUGAGCCCUGGUUAGCUGCCCAUGGUGAUCCCUCAAGAUGCGUUCUUCUUGGGGUGAGCUGUGGUGCUAACAUUGCAGACUAUGUGGCACGGAAAGCUGUGGAAGCAGGCAAGCGUCUGGACCCUGUGAAAGUGGUUGCACAGGUUCUCAUGUAUCCAUUCUUCAUUGGGAGCGUCCCCACACAUUCUGAGAUAAAGCUUGCAAACUCCUAUUUCUAUGACAAGGCGAUGUGCAUACUUGCAUGGAAAUUAUUUCUACCAGAGGCAGAAUUUAGCCUGGAUCACCCUGCUGCCAACCCCCUUAUUCCAGGCAGGGGACUACCUUUGAAGCUCAUGCCCCCAACCCUUACAGUGGUGGCCGAACAUGAUUGGAUGAGAGAUCGGGCCAUUGCAUACUCAGAGGAGCUUCGAAAGGUGAGUGUUGACGCACCAGUUCUGGAAUAUAAGGAUGCAGUCCAUGAAUUUGCGACGCUUGACAUGCUUCUUAAGACCCCUCAGGCACAGGCCUGUGCAGAAGACAUUGCCAUCUGGGUCAAGAAAUACAUUUCACUUCGAGGUCAUGAGUUCUCAUAUUAGGUAGGGGAUAAAUGAUCCAAAUGACGUUGCCGCAAGACAAUCAUUGACCUGUAUGUACCUGUGAUUAGCAAAAGAGCUCUGGUUUGCUGCCAUUACCUGGGAUUUAUAAAAUAUAUAUAUAUAUAUAUAUAUAUAUAUAUAUAUAUAUAUAUAUAUAUAUAUAUAUAUAUCUAUUAGUUGGGUAGUUUCUACCUCCUUUGGCUCUUUGCUGGUUGCUUGUCAUGUUCUGUUCUUUUUGUAAGAUAGAGAACCUGUCUUGAGUUUAGGAUUUAGAUGAGCCUACGGGACACUUUUACCUCCCUGUCGAAGUAAAUCCGGAUGUUUUCCAUUUUUUCUUGUGUAAUACAAUGUACUAGUUCUCAUGAAUAGAGUUCGAUUCAUUGAAACUCUCUCUC